AUGGUGCAGUACUCAGGCCUACAACAACCAGGGCAGCGAACAUCCUGGAGUCCGCCUGAUGCUACAUUGAGUCCAGCCCUUCUGGACUCAUCCGGGUCGCUGUUUCCAACACCCAAACACAACACUGAGCAAGCCCUACAUCUCGCAAACACUACCAGCCAAGCCAUACACCAUACAGAGAUUACCGCACAAGCCAUGCAGCCAUCUGCUGCUGCUGCUGCUACUGCUGCUGCUGGAGAAGAGCUGCGCAUUGCAUUCAGCAACGUCGAGGACAAGGCUAUACAUCUGGGGAUUUGA